CACGUCAUGUUACGAGUGGUCGCCGAUCGGCGGCCAUGUUGCUGCGGAUAAACCCGCGCGAGUUUUGCGCCGCGGUCUCCCCGCGGGCGGCAGUCGCAGGGCGAUGACCUCGGCGACGAGCGCGCGGGCGCCUCUCCCGCAGUAAGAUGGCCGCCGUGAGUGCGCGACGGCGGAGACCGCGAGCCCCGCGUGAGUUGGAGUCGCGAUCCGGGUCCCCGGGUGCCCGGAUGAUGCUGGAAGAGCUGCGCGGGAUCAUGAACAAGGGGUGGCUGGAGCUCGAGAGCGACCCGGGUCUCUUCACACUUCUGGUGGAGGACUUUGGGGUGAAUGGAGUACAAGUGGAAGAGAUUUACGACCUGCAGAGCAAAUGCAAUGGGCCCGUGUAUGGGUUCAUAUUCCUCUUCAAGUGGAUCGAGGAGCGCCGCUCACGCAGGAAGGUCUCUCCGCUCCUCGAUGAGGCGUCCGUCAUCCACGACGACAUCGUCAACAAUAUGUUCUUCGCGCACCAGCUGAUCCCCAACUCUUGUGCGACGCACGCACUUCUAAGCGUGCUGCUCAACUGUGAGGACGUGGAGCUGGGCCCUACCCUGAGCCGCAUGAAGGACUUCACUCGUGGAUUCGGCCCCGAGAGCAAGGGCUACGCCAUCGGGAACGCUCCGGCGCUCGCCAAAGCACACAACAGCCACGCCAGGCCAGAGCCGCGCCAUUUGCCCGAGAAGCAGAACGGGCUGAGCGCCGUGCGCACCAUGGAGGCCUUUCACUUCGUCAGCUACGUCCCCAUCAACGGGCGGCUCUUUGAGCUCGAUGGCCUCAAGGCCUACCCCAUCGACCACGGGCCGUGGGGCGAGGAGGAGGAGUGGACGGAUAAGGCCAGGAGAGUCAUCAUGGAGCGCAUCGGCCUGGCCACGGGGGGGGAGCCUUACCAUGACAUCCGCUUCAACCUGAUGGCAGUGGUGCCGGACCGGAGGCAGAUCUAUGAGCAGAAGCUCACCAUGCUCAAGGCGAACCGCAACACCGUGCUGGAGGCCCUGCAGCAGCUGGUGCUGGUUACGCAACCUGAACUCAUCCGGGCACAGAACCCGCUGGACGCCACGGUCAAGGCCACCCUGCACUCGGAGGGCAGCUCGCACGACAGCAAGGCCGGGCUGCCCCCCGAGGGCAGCGUGCAAGAGGCCAGGGCGGCACCGGCGGCGCCAGCGGUGCCAGGAGGCGGCGUGAACGGGGAGCCGUCGCGGCCGGGUCCCUGUAAGGCAGAGGCCGGGGUGAGGGACGACGCACGGCCGGCGGGCGAGAGCGGCGCCAGGGCGACGGCGGAUGGCGCCAGGACCCAUGACCCGAGGAAACUGCGCGCACGGUGGGACCCCGGCCACGUGAGGAGCCGGGCUCGGGAGGGGAGCCCCCUGGACGCUGGCGGCCCCGUGCCCCCCAUGGCACCGCCCCCCGGCAGCCCAGCUGACGGCGGUGGUGGCGGAGCCACCCCUCCGGCGCAGGCGGCCGGCCCUUCCCCCAGCGCCUCCAUCCCCGCCCCGCGCCUCCCUGCAUUCCUGGACAAUCACAACUACGCAAAGUCCCCUCUGCAGGAGGUUGGGGAUCUGGGACGCACCCGCGUGGCCGUUCCACGUGCGGGCGGGCGCCUGGAGGAGGACGGACUCGAGGACAGGCCGCACCUCCGCCGUGGACGGUUCCGCCGGGCCCCGUCGCCACCACUCAAAGAUCCUCCCGCGCCCCUGCUCUACCGAGGGGCCGCAGGCGAGAGCGGGGACACGGACACCGGCCCCGCGCUCGGCUCGCCGGCCCAGGCUCACAGCGGUGCCGCGGAGGCUCCCGGCUCCCCGGCGCCCAGCGACGAGAGCACGGACACGGCGUCGGAGAUCGGCAGCGCCUUCAACUCGCCGCUGCGCUCGCCCGUGCGCUCCCGCAGUGCCACGCGACCCGGCAGCCCCGUGUCGCUGGCGCCCGCGCUGCCACGCGCGCUGCUCAGCGAGGAGGUGUUCGCACGCCUCGACGCGGCCAAGCACGACCGCGCCCUGCACGACAUGGGACACCGCGUCGGUCACGAGCUGCUAGCGCUCGAGCCCGACGGGCGGCUGCGCGUCACGUCCGCCCGCCGGCUCCCGUCGCCCACUGACGGGCCCGGCGCUCCCCCUGCCGCGCCGGCGCUCGACCGGACGGAGCCCCCGGAAGCGGCGGUGGCGGCACCGUCGGGCGGCCGAGUGGCCGCGCGCUCCCCGGGGCAGGAUAGGGGCCCCGGCCUCCCCGCACGGCGCCCGGUCCAGCCCGGGAAAUACUCGCCACAGGAGCUCCUGACGCUACUCAAGGGUGUGGAGGCUGACAUUUCCAACUACGAGGUCUGUCUGAAGGAGGAGGUGGAGAAGAGGAAGAAGUACAAGAUUGACGACCAGCGGAGGACGCACAAUUACGACGAAUUCAUCUGCACCUUCAUCUCUAUGCUCGCCCAGCAAGGCAAGCUGUCCAGCCUGGUUGAGCAGAACAUCUCGGUGCGGCGCCGUCAGGGCGUGAGCAUCGGGCGGCUCCACAAGCAGAGGAAGCCCGACCGCCGGCGCCGCUCUCGCCCCAACCGCACUCGCAAGUAGCGAGAGGCCCGAGGUCGCCCCCCACCCCCCGCACCGCAGCCGCGAAACGCACAACCAAGAACGCCCCGACGCGGGGCGGCUCUACACACCCCCGCCCCCUAUUUACACGCACGCGACCACUCUGGUCUUACACCCAUAGCACGCUCGCCCGCCCACCGGCCCCACCGCUCGCCCUCUCACACCGUCAGCAAGUGCCGUUUGUGGCGCUGCUGAUCCGCGUGCAGCCGCGCACCCUCCAGUUAGGUCCUGCGGUUCGGCCCUGCUCUUACGCCCUGCCGUGAGCCACCACGCUCAGCUCCUGCAGUCCUCGGCCCCCACGCUGCAGGAGCUGUCAGCGGUUGCGGUGGGAGGGAGGGAUGUUUUUAAAAGUGUGAAGUGUCUGCGCCCGGCAAGCGAAGAUUAAGUUUAUUGAGCAUCUCCGCAUUUUUGUUGAUUGCAGACGUCGCACCAAUUUGGUGUUAAGCAAGGCUGCUUACGCUUUAUUUUUGUUUUGUAUAAUACAUUACAUUGUUCAGCUUUAAUUUGUUAAUGUUGAUGUUAUUAUGCUGAUACGUUAUAAUGUUACAACAGGUAAUAUGCAUCUUGUAAACCAUUCAUAUGUACGCACUAGGAUAGGCAUAACACUCUACAGCACCUCCUGCAUUUCUUGCCUUUACAGAUGGGAUGAAGGUGAGGAGAUGCCACCUGCCCAUCCAAUGAGAACAAACAAAUGAAUUAAUCGAAACACAGACAUGUAAAUUAAACAAAUGCGUAAUUAACUCGCCCAUACUUAACUUUGGCGCUAAAUUAUUAAAUCCGCGAACCUCUCUUUGAGAAUUGGCCAUUCUUAAAGUUCAAAGUUUACGCUUGUCAAACCAAUGCGACCACAUUCAAACCAUUCAUAACUCUUUAUAUGACAAUCCUGGUGGACUGGGUUUAUAACAUCAUUGCAAAUGUGAAAACAACUUUUAUAUCUCCAGUGAUGCAGACCACGCUGUAAUCGGAGCAACAUUAAUCUACAUUCAAAGUAACUGUUGGAAAGUUGCACUGUUUAAUUUCACCUCCCCACUUGUGAUGCGGGCAGCUGCAGGUCACUCGCGCGUGCUGCUCGUACCUCGCACGGACACACCACUCGCUCAUCUCCACUUUCACACUCCUCCUUCCCGUGCUGCCCUUCUGCCAUUCUCCCCAACGAGUUCUCUGAUCACAUCGUCUCCUUCAGAAUAGUCACACGAGUCACAUGAUCUCCAUUAGUACUAGUCACGAGUGUCCCCUUCAUACAAGUCACUAGUUGCUUGGUCCCCUUCAUGUGAGUCACUAGUUACAUGGUCUACUUCAUGAGUCGCUGGUCACAUGGUCUCCAUGAGCACAAGUUACUAGUCACACGGUUGCCAUCACACGAGUUUUUCACAUGGCAGCCCUACAGUGGAUUGGGGUGUAAAUAACACCGAUUUUGAGAUCACAUUUCAUGACUUUUAUUCCAUAACUGUUUAAAGCCUUCAAACUUCAAGCUCCUGUUCAAUACUCGUUUGUAGAACUGCAAAUCGGCCCUCUGCCUCCAUGGCCAGCGUGAGGAUGGUGUGCAGUGCGGUCACAACCUGUAAAUAAAGAACGUCUGAUAUGA